UGCAGGUGCCAGAUCUGGGUACUCGCCUUCUGAGUGUCCGCCCAGGGCUGCGGGGUGGGGGCGGGCCGGAAAGCUCCCCCAGAUCGCACCAGCCUGCGCACGUCGCUCCAGUAUAAGAGGAGGCCAUGGCAGUUCCCGCCCAGGCAGGAGAAGCAGAAGCGGAAAGUCCUGCCCUGGCUCUCUGCGCUGCUGCCGGCGCUGUCCCCGCGCGGCGGCCGCUGCUUUAGCCCCGCGCCCGGGGGCCAGGGCUGGGACAGGCCCCGCCGCGUGCGCGCCCGCGGACGAGGAGGUGGCGCCUCUCGCCAGCUUCCCCCGGGCUCCGGCCAAGAUGGGUUCCUAUCUUGUUAAUGCAACAUUCCAGUCCAAAAUAACAGAAGAGGCAGAUAUUAUUGUUGGACUGAUUUAUACAGUGUUUGGAAUAUGCUCCUUGUGUGGAAACAGUGUUCUUUUGUAUGUUUCCUACAAGAAAAAGAAUUUGCUAAAACCAGCAGAAUACUUCAUGAUCAACCUUGCCAUCAGUGACCUUGGUAUGACUCUGACCUUGUACCCUCUAGCUGUUACAUCCAGCCUUUCUCACAGAUGGUUGUAUGGUAAACAAGUUUGCUUGUUCUAUGCAUUCUGCGGUAUACUUUUUGGGAUCUGCAGUCUGUCAACACUAACAUUACUGAGUACUGUGUGCUGCCUCAAAAUUUGUUUCCCAGCUUAUGGGAACAGAUUUAGGCGAGAACAUGGACGAAUCUUGAUAGCCUGCGGAUGGGCCUAUGCAGCAAUUUUUGCCUGUUCGCCCCUAGCUCACUGGGGAGAGUAUGGACCAGAGCCCUAUGGUACAGCUUGCUGCAUUGACUGGCAUUCAUCAAGUGUAAACACGGUGGCAAUGUCUUACACUGUAGCUCUCUUUGUCUUCUGCUUUAUCAUCCCCUGUGGGGUAAUUGUUACUUCCUAUACCCUCAUUCUGAUAACUGUCAAGGAAUCCAGAAAAGCAGUGGAACAGCAUGUCUCAGGUCCCACCAGAAUGAGCAACGUGCAGGCUAUUACAGUCAAGAUGAGCAUUGCUGUAUGCAUUGGAUUUUUUGCUGCCUGGAGCCCAUAUGCCAUCAUAGCCAUGUGGACAGCCUUUGGAUCCAUGGAAGGGAUUCCUCCCCUAGCCUUUGCUGUGCCAGCUGUCUUUGCAAAGUCCUCAACACUCUACAACCCAGUUACCUAUCUUCUUCUGAAGCCCAAUUUCCGAAGCACCCUUGCCAAAGAUUUUGGAGUUCUCCAGAAAUUAUGCAUCAGGACCUGUUUUUGCCUCAAGGCCCUACAGAGCUGCAGUUAUAGGUCAGUUCUGGAAGUCCGCCUGAAUUCAUUUAAAGGGAGAAAUGAGUCCAGCUGUAACUCGGUGCAGACUGUGGAAGGAUGUUCUUACUUCCCUUGUGAAAAGUGCAAUGAUACUUUUGAAUGCUUUAAGAACUAUCCAAAAUGCUGCCAGGAGAGGUUAAGCACUAUGGAAUGCACUCCUCGAGAAAGUGUGUCUUUGGAGAGUAGUCUCCAAGCAAAACAGAAGCAGGGUGCCAAGAAAUCUGUAAAGGUAGUUGUUCAAGGAGAAGAAAGCACUCAAAAUGAUAACUUUGAAAUCACCUUGGAAACAAUACCUGCACACAGCAGAUUUGCAAAUCUUUAGAGUUUCAUUUAAGAAACAAUAAUGUAAUGGUACCAGACUUCUUGAUGUAACCUUUUCUAAACAGCCCAUCCACUGCCACUUUCUAUACAGUUUUCCUGGUUCCCUCACCUGUCCUUUGAUAGAAUACCUAAUGGAGCAUGAACUUGUUAAAAAGAACGUUUGACUCUCACAAUGCAGACUUCAGUAAGUAUCUUGUGCUAACUGUAUUCAAACAGUACUUACUUAAUAUUUAUAUUGCAGUGGUGCUCAGAGGCCUCUAUCAGGAUUGGGGUUGAAUUGUGCUAGGUUCUGUAUAAACCUACACAAAGCUGCAGUCUCUGUCCCAAAGAACUUGAAAUCCAAGUAGUUAGUCUUACGUUCCUCAAGAGACACCACCCAAACCAUCAGUGAAAUAAACUGCAUAUGUUUAGUUAUAUAAAUAAUCAUGUGGCACCAGCACAUUUUGGUGAAGUUUCUAUGGUGGUUCAUAGGGAAAGUACUUGAAUGCCAGUGUCCUAACCAUUUAAACUCUAGCAGUGAUUCUGAAUCAUCAUCAUCAUCAUGUUCCCAUUACGCCUCUGGCGUUUAGGGCAGUGACGAAGCUCCUCCACUCGUGUCUGUUUCUGGCAAGUCUUUCAAUGGUUCCCCAGCUGUGCCCCAGGUUUUUCAGCUCGUCUUCCACAGCUCUUCACCAUGUUACUUUCAGGUGGCCUCGUUUUCGCUUGCCUUCAGGUGUCCAUGUUAUUGCUACUCUAGUGAUGGAAUCAGUUUCCAUCUGAAGAACAUGGCCAAUCCAUCUCCAACGUCUCCUGGCAAUGAUGGUGCUCAGAUCCUCUUGGCUGCACUGUGUCAAUAGAUCUUGGUUUGAGAUUGUUCUGGGCCAAAAGAUACAGAAGAUUUUUCUGAGGCGGGUUGUAUGGAAUGAAGAGAAUUUGGACAUGUCAUACUUUCUCAUUUCCUAGUAUUCUGCACUGUAAAGUAAUGUUGAAAAUACACAGCUCUGAUAAAUCUUGAGUUUGGUUUUGGUGUUGUAUUUUGAUGGUUUCCAGACUGUAUUCCCCCCUGAAAUUCUGAGUAAACCGCUAUUUAAAUGGAUGUUGUUGCAACAGAUAGGAUAUAGCUUGUUGACUUGGGACCUAUAGUGUGGCUUCUCAUCCUCUGCUUAAACUGUCUCCCCCUUCACCCUCCAUCUAUUCCCAUGUGCAUGAUGCUUUUGAUGUUUUUGUUAGUUUCCCAUAGUUGCAGAGUGUUUGUUUAAAAUGACAUGAGCAGCUGUUUGUUGCAGAGUACAAAACAUUUAGCAUGUAUUAGAGAAAAAGCUCCCGUGUGGCUAAAACACCACGCCUCUUUAAGAGCCAUGAACCCUAUAAACAAGCUGUUUUGUUUUGUUUUGUUUUUUGAAGGAUGUGCAAAUUAAAACUGAAGUUUCGAUUAGCAUUUUCUCCAAAGUCUCUCAAGGCAUGUUGUCAGUGAUCGGAGCAAAUCAAGGGCCCAGUCCCGCAUCACUGAGGUUAAAGGAAGUUCUGCCAUUGACUUCAAGUGGAAUAGGAUGAGGCCCUAAGGACUCAAUACUGCAAAGGUUCAUGUUUCUGCAUAACUCUAUGCACUGGAUCAGCGUUCAUGUCACACUCCCAGUCAGAACCCAGCCCAGGCUUAUGGAUCCUGGUCACAUGUCACCUGAUGCAUGUUGCGCAUACAUGCUAAGAAGAAGACUCUAUGCCUGUGGGUGUCGACAUAGCAUCUGGGAGGGUACUUCUCAGCCUCGGUAGACCCAGGCUAGCUCUGCUCGAGCUGGCACGCCAAAAAUAGCAGUGUGGCCACGGCAGCAUGGUGGCAGUUUGGGCUAGGCGCCCUAAUACAAUGCCAGCGGACUCCCCCGGGGGAUACUCAGCUAGCCUGAGCUGCCCCCUGUGCUGUUGCAGCCACACUGCACACAGCAGCACUGUGUAGAUAUACCCUAUGAGUAGCCCUACUGGUUUCAAUGAGAUUUCUUACUGCAUGCACACAAGUCUCUAUAGGACUGGGGCCUUAGGUGAUUGGCUCGCUUCAAUGAGAUGAAAUACCUGUAUGUUGUGAUUAACUGGAAUAUGAUAAGAAUGCAGGACUAGAUAAAACAGGAAAAAACAACUCCGUUAACCCACGCCUUCAACUGAAAACACAUGUUGGGGGAGAAAAUAAGAGUAGUUUGCACUAUACAGUGUCUAUGUUCUCUGGAAAAUUCAUGAGUAUUUAUACAAUGGUUAUUAUAUAAUGUAAAGAAAUCAAGUUAAUGUAUCACUGUUUCUUCCCUCCAAGUCUGCUUUGGAGUGCCUGAACUAAUCAUAAGUUUUGAGUGUGGAGUAAAACAUUUGCUUAAAAAUCAACAUGUCACUUUCAACUUUUCUUUUCUCUACAGUUCAGAUUUCAGAUGACAGGUAGAACAUUUUUUGUUUUACAAUGAACGUUGAACCCUCGGCUUAUUUCUUUUUGGAGUUAAUAGGAGCAGGAUUGUGCCUUUGAAGAGAAUUAUGAAGCAAUGCCCAGUGUCCACAAGCAAUCAGACUGACAGUCCAAUUCAGAAUUCUGUUUGUUGUUUGAAAAAAGUUUUUCUUCUUAUGUUAAAUGCUUUUACUGGUGUGAUCAGUCACACAAAAUUCUCCCCAACCUGUCUGCCUUUGGAUUGGUCCAUCCAUCAUUUUCCGGAGUUAGACUAUUUUUAUGAGUUACUUGCAAAUAAAUGUAUUUGCAAAUCAUGAUGCUGCUGAUUACAGGGUCGUCUUGUCAUUAUUUAUUAUAACCUUAUGAAAAACUCUGGUGUCAAUUAUUGGAAGAAAAAAACUUCUGUUUUUCCAAGUGAAACAAUAAAAGGAGUGAUAUCAUCA